AUGGAGGUGGGGGGGGGGGUCUUGCAGCAGGCCGCGGUGAAGUCGGAUGACACUAUCGUGCUCGAGCUUGCGCCUGGAGGGAGGUGGGCGGAGUCGAAUGGGAGCCUCAUGCUGGUGGAGGCCGAGCAUGGCGGGAAGCAGUUGAUCACUGACCCUGUUCUUGUGGCAUCAGUGAUCCCGACACCGACGGUGUACCCGAGCGAUAGGAUACUCUACCUCACGGUCAGCCCGCACGUGAUGAUCAACGGCACCAACUUCGACACCAAGACCACCGCUCUCUUCUUCUCGCCGUCCCUCUCCGAUGGCACUGACGUCACCAUUUUGGUGAAGUCAUCUACGAUGAUCUGGGUAUCCCUCGUACAAAAGGUCGAGGGCACCCAUUGGGCGGAUGAGCCGGGCCCCCUGAAGCUAGUGGCGAUCGACACUGGUGCCGGCCGUCUUCUCCUCCGAGAGGACCUUGGGGGCGUGACGAUCGCCGAGAUGCAAGCCGACAUGAAGGGGCACUCCCUAUCGGUGGAGACUCACGAAGAGGUCACCAUGUACCAGUCGAGCAAGGUCUUGACCAUCGCGGGGCAAGGGUUCAACAGCAGCUAUACCAGGUUCCGGUUCGCCAACAGUCUCGUGGAGGGGAAGAACUUCACCCAGGUCGUGACGCCCGAGUCGGCCACGUUCGCGCUGGAGGAAGGGAGCAAGUGGCGACAGGAUGCGCCGUCGUGGCCUGCGCCUCUUGUCCUGCUAGCGGCGGAUGCCGGGGACGGUUUCGUGCCUUUGGGAGCCACCACCGCCAAGGCGGGAAGGAAGGUGGCGACUAUCUUCGAGGACCCUAGGCUGGAACCGUCCUUGCAGGAAAUCGGGCGCACACUGACCCACGAGUUGUACCUCCGCGGUACCGGAUUCACGAAAGCGUUCCCGCCAAUCAUAGCGUUCGAGCCCCUGGCAGAUCGAGAGGACCCCGAAGAGCGAGAUGCCCCCAUCGAUCGAGAUGAUUUCAUGGUGCAGGUUGUAAAUCGCACUGCCGUGAAGCUUUCUCUGGCAAGCUUCGGUGGAGGGUGGAUGCCUCGAGGGGAAACGGGAAACCUCCGAGUGCGGGCAAUCAACACCGGCGGCGGGAUGUACACGAUGAAUGAGCCCGUUCCUAUUGCCGUAGUUGUGUCCGACGACGAUCCCCACAGGAGCGGCAUCCACCUCAAGCCCGACUACGUCACGCAGCUCUAUCAGUCGAGCAAGAACAAAUUGAUACUCGAAGGGGAAGGGUUUCCUACGGAUAAGGAGGCCCAUCUAGAGUUCGGGUUCGGGGGUCCGAAGGAAGGUACUUUCUCGUGCUCUACCCUGUCGGAAACGCAGCUGGCGGUGACGUUGGUGGGGGACGACAAGUGGGCCCAUCAGGGAGGGCCGUUGUUCCUGCUCAAGGCUAAAUUCGGAGAGGCGGAGCAGGGCGACGAGGGAGAGGUGGACUACACGAGCCCCGGGCUUAAGGUGGCGACCAUCUUGGACGACCCGUCGGUGUCGGAGAGCCACCUGCACGCCUACGCGUCCCACACAAAGCAUAUCACCAUUCACGGGAUCGGCUUCCUCUCCACCUUCAACUUCCACGUCAAGCCUCAGCUGGUGCUCAGCCCGACGCUGGUGGGAGACUACGAGAUCAAAGAGCAGGGAUGGACGGACGAGACUGUCACCAUCUCCCUGUCCACAGACCCCGGAGCGAUGUGGGCUAACGUUCGGGCUGACGACAAGACCGUUGAGGUCAAGGUGGUGUCGGUCGACACCGGAGGGGGGGAGGUUUUCAUGCCGGGAGGCGGAAUCGUGAUCGCGGAGGUUCGAAAGGACGACGCCACCUUCAACUGUGAGGACAGCUGCGUCUACGCCAAUGACGGGCAGUGCGACGAAGACCGGGACGGAGUGGAGGCUGUGAACUGGUCUGGCGCCAUGACGGACAGCAUUGGAGAGUCUGAGUCGUUCACCAGCCAAGCCAGCGGUAGCAGGGGAUAUCUGGGAAGCUCCGCCAUGCCAGGGGAAGACUCGGACGAUCUCGUCUUGGUGAACUCCCCGAGCUGCCCACUAGGAACAGACUGCACGGACUGCGGGUUAGAGCUGGCAGAAGACGGCAGGUGCACCAACACGUGCCGGUUCGCAAGAGAUGGGGUGUGCGACGACCGGCGAGCGGUGGGAUUGUGCGCCGACGGCACGGACUGUCAGGACUGCGGCCCGUGGGACCAAUCAAAUUUCACAGAGGUAGUGGAGUACGCGACGAGCUUUUCGGACGCGUACGACGACGACGGGUUCUUGGCAAACGAUGCGAAUCAUCCCAUCCUGGACGGACAGACGGGCAACGGCAUCGGCCGUUUCAAGAGGGUGUUCGUCAAGCACAACUCUAUCCGCAAGGAGUCCGAUAAGGCCGAAGGCGUUUUCAUGGAGACCCUGUGGGCGGCGAUUGUGCUGGUGGGGUGUUCGGUGACUACUUACCUCACGGUUCUCGUCGUCAGGUGUGCGAGAGGCGAGAAAGUGGAGUUGCCCGUCCCUACCAACCCGGACCUCGAUCGCUCUCGAAGAUGAUUGGCCCGAGCGAUUUUUUGGCGCGAGUUGAUUGGUCGGAGAUGGUGCGGGUCAACCGGUGUGAUGCGAUUUGUUGGAGAAUGCUGCCUCUCGGCGUGGCAGGAAAAACGAUCGGGAUAAUCGAUCACCAUCGUCGUGUUCCAGAGAUUCCCACGCAAGGGGAUGGGCGGGGCGAAUGCCAUGUUGUCAGGGCGAGGGUGUAGGACAAGUGGCAAAGCCGUUGCUCAGGCAUCGCCUCUUGGAAAGUGUCGGUUGAAACAUGUCAUGUGGCGGUAUGCCUAAUAGCUGGGGCCCGAUUGCUUGGAGGGAGGCGACUGAGGUGGUACGUGACUUGGCUUUGUGGUCGGUCGAACGCGAUUGUCCUGGGUCCAGAACAUCGCUGAUUUGGUGUGUCAGGUCAAUUUUUGUCUUUCACCGCAACGCUAUUGAUCGUGUGCAGCAACGAGUCGGUUUUCCUUAAGGAAAUACCGCCCCAUGACGAGGAGGUCGGAUGCCGCGCCCAGAAACUGUGCUCUCCGGAGAUCAUGUCACCCUAACAUAACAUAUGUAGUUAGGUCUAGUCGCACCCCGGCCCCGGUGUUGAAGGUUACUUUUAUUUUAUUUCAAGUUGGAACACUGUUGGAGGAUUUUUUGAGGGGGGGGGGGGGGGGGGGGUUAGGACCCAUUCACGUCGAACGCUUGCAUGGUCGUGAUUAUGGCGUAUUACCCCGUUGUUCCCCUUCUGUUUGAUGGCGGCGUCUUCUCACCUGUAGGAUGCGCGCUUGGGUAAACGCAGGGUCCUUA